CAGCGCUGUACGAUGAGUUCCUGUUUUUGCGGAAGCAAAAAGGCACGGAAGCCAGCGCCAGCGAACAAAUUAUCUUGCGAGGGUGGAGUAAAACACAGCAUAAAAUAAACAGAAAAACAGCGCUUUAUCUGUUACCACCCAUCUAGCCUGCCGGGGAGAUGGGGGACAAGGCGGGUACUAGAGUCUUCAAGAAGUCAAGCCCCAACUGCAAGGUCACCGUAUACCUGGGAAAGAGAGACUUUGUGGAUCACCUUGACCAGGUGGACCCAGUUGAUGGUGUGAUUUUAGUGGACCCUGAGUAUCUUAAAGACAGGAAAGUGUUUGUGACGCUGACGUGUGCGUUCCGCUAUGGACGUGAGGACCUGGAUGUGCUGGGUUUGUCCUUCCGGAAGGAUCUCUACAUCUCCACCUUCCAGGCCUUCCCCCCAAUCGCAGAGGAACGCAAAGCCAACAGCCGCCUGCAGGAGCGACUGUUGAAGAAACUUGGCCAGCAGGCACAUCCCUUCUAUUUCACUAUUCCCCAGAACCUACCAUGCUCCGUCACCUUACAGCCAGGACCAGAAGACACCGGAAAGGCAUGUGGGGUAGACUUUGAGAUCAGAGCUUUCUGUGCCAAAUCAAUAGAGGAGAAGAUUCACAAGCGGAACUCUGUACGGCUGGUUAUCCGUAAGGUGCAGUAUGCCCCAGAGAAGCCAGGGCCUCAGCCCAUGGUGGAGACCACACGUAGCUUCCUCAUGUCAGACCGCUCGUUACACCUGGAGGCCUCCCUGGAUAAAGAGCUGUACUACCAUGGAGAACCUAUCAGUGUGAAUGUUCACGUCACCAACAACUCCACCAAGACUGUCAAAAGAGUCAAAAUCUCAGUGCGACAGUAUGCUGACAUCUGUCUGUUCAGUACAGCUCAGUACAAGUGUCCAGUGGCUCAGCUAGAGGCUGAUGACCAGGUGUCAUCCAGCUCUACGUUCUGUAAGGUGUAUACUCUGACCCCCACGCUCGACAAGAACCGUGAGAAGAGAGGCCUGGCCCUGGAUGGAAAGCUCAAACAUGAGGACACCAACCUGGCCUCCAGCACCAUUGUUAAGGAUGUGACUAACAAAGAGGUCCUUGGCAUCCUGGUGUCCUACAGGGUCAAAGUCAAACUGGUGAUCUCUCGCGGAGGAGAUGUGUCGGUAGAGCUGCCCUUUGUCUUAAUGCACCCCAAACCCACAGAGCCGCCCACAUCCCGCCCGCAGUCAACUGUGCCAGAGUCUGACCCUCCCAUCGACACCAACCUGAUAGAAUUUGAAACAAAUAGUUUCUCCCAAGAUGACGACUUUGUGUUUGAGGACUUUGCCCGCCUACGGCUUAAAGGAAUGGCUGAUGAUAAGGACGAGGACUGCUAGAGCACAUGCACACAAACUCUUAGAAACACACACACACACACACACACACACACAGAAUGUUGUCAUGUGGAUGAAGAGCUGUGGUGGUCUAAUGAAGAGAUCCUGACAUCGCUUUUGUUCUUUUGUCUAGCUUAAGCCACUUGUCUUGUACAUGUUCUGUCUGCAGUGGUCAUGUCUGGGGGAAGGACGUCAGAACCAUGUACAUGUUGAGGUCAUAUUGUGCCUUGCUGGUAACUGACUGAUCCAUGGGGGUCGUUUGUUUAGGAGUUUCAACAGGCAGGGGAGGGAGCACAAUAAGUGGAUAAAAUGCCGUGUCAUGAAGAGGGAUGAUGAGUCAUGGCCGUCCACACAGACAGAGGGGGAAAUGGUGCCCUUUAAUGGAAGGGAGAUUCUUUUUCAUUCUUCUUCUUUUACCACCAAUGAUGUAACUAUUUGUUCAAAUUGAUCAUUUUGAUCAAGUAACGGUCAUUAAUAUAAUAUAAGGAGUACCUGCUGUACAGGACUGAGAAGGGAAAACACAAACUGACAGGCUUUGGUUAGUAAUUCAGUAGUAACCCUGUCAUCAUAUGGUCUAUCAUAGCAUUUGAUAAAACAUAUAUUUUAAUUAGGGGAAUGGUAUGGAGCAGGUUUAAGUAAUUCACAGUCUUCUACAAUGAGAGGACAGACCAUUACCUCCCACUUCAGUAAACCUGCACACACUGGACCCUCACUGUACCCUGGGGACAAUCCUUACUGUCAGUCAGCCUCAAUGCACAACUCUGAUAAUUGUCCUUAUUUGUUGAGCUUGCAUUACCCUCUCCAUCAUAUUCCGAUAACUCCUAUGCAGAGUCUCCAACUGACCCCUAUCUCCUAUCCCCUAAGCACUCUUGUAGAUCUGAUAGGAUUGGAUCGGUAUGAGUGAUGAGAAUUUCCAACCCAGCCAAUUAGAAAGCAAGGUCAAUGAACAUAAUAUUCCUACCUUACCAAUCCUAGGGGAGCCUAGUAAUCCCCAAUCUAGAGGUCACUGGGACUCAAUAUUGGUGUGGUCAUGUUGGGCAACAGCGACACCAACGGAGCAUGUAUUUCAGCGAUGCUGUGAACUGAUAAGUGAACUGAUAUGUGCGAUUGUUGUGCAUCUAUGGGGUACCGGUCUUCAACUCUUAAGUGUCAAUAUUUGAGAAGGCUGCCACUGAGCUGUGUGACUUCUGUCAUUUCUACAGGAAGUAUGGUUUUAUGAUUUUGGUGCAACAUGAAAAAACACAAUUAAAAAUAUCAUUACCACUGUGUUAUCAUUAUGACCAUGAUUAUUAUCAUAAUCAUUUGAGAAAACAACUGUUUGCCAAUUUGUUUUUCAGAAUUUUUAUUUAAUGUUUUUUUUAUUAAAGGCAAAAUGGAUUAACAA